UGAAUGUGAACGCACCCAUCUCACUCCACUGCCUGCAGGACUUUUCUUUAUUUGAAGUGCGCCACCACAUAAAACCUCUGUUUCCUUUGGAAUAAGUGGAACCACUGCUUAUGUUCUGUGUACUUUGUCAAUAAAGCAGCCUUUGUUUUCUAUGUUUCAACUGAUCAGCCUUGGAGACUGGGACAACCCUGUGUGUGGUUAACUUUGUGCUGCUUCAGCUCAUGGCUAUUAGGGUCGUUGGAAUGCCCAAUUCUGGAUCAAUGUGUCAUUCAAAAAUGGUUCAACAAUAUUGUCCAAAGAAUAACCGUGACACUUAAAAGUAAUGUGGGAUAUAUUUGUGGAUAUGUGUUAUAUCUCUACUUUACUUCUGAAUUAAGCAUUGCAGAGAUUGCAGGAUUUAAUCUAAAUAAUAUGGACCACACAUAGACACAUCUGUUGCUUGCUGAGUGCAAAUUAAAUUUAAUACAACUUCCUCGCCCCACCAAUUAUACUGAACAUGGGCAUGACAAGAUGAUAUCUUUCAUUGAAACGUGACAUUCAAUAGUCGAGUCUACAACUCGUUUGGCAGGCCGUCAAAACGCCCAGACAAGAUAUUUUAACACAGAAAGCCAUAGCCAAUAGUAUUGUAGUCAUGUACAGUAGCAAAACUACUCCCCUUAAGCGUAAAGGGCUGAUUAUGGUCCCUCGUCCACGUAACGCAAGGUUCUGGUGCGUAUCUCAAAAAUGUUAACCUCCCGUCGAGGCGACGCAGCAGCGAGGGCUGUGAUUGGUCCGCUCACUAAAACCCGACGCAGAACCGAAACUGGUUCACGACUGCGUCGAAGCGUCUGCGUGGUCCUUGCGUUGCGUUACCGUGGGACCAUAAUCAGCCCUUGUCGCGAUAAGCAUAAUAGGAGGGUUUAUAGGAAAGGGAGUGGAGUCUUGGAAGCAGUGAACAUUUCGUUCAGCCUGUAUUUCAUUACCACAUUUGACACCACUGCUCCAACACCACUUCUGAGAACUUUGAAUGAACGGAACUCGAUGAGAAUACGCUCUCGAAUAGAUUGGUUCAGUGGUUCACUUUCUUUAAGAACAAAUCGACAAAUGCCAUGGAGGGCGAAGUCACCCUGAAUUACUCUGUCUUGGACUUUGGAUUCUCGUUUCUGGGGCUGGCUUUCUUCUUGGUUGACAUAGUGUUGGACAUAUGGGCAGCGGUGCAUUUCUACCAAGAAGGAGACUUCAUCUACUUGGGGCUUUUGGUGACGAUGCUGGCAGGCUCUUCGGUUCUUGGACAGCUCUUCAGCUGGUUAUGGUACCGUUAUGAGGACUGGGAGACACGCACUAGCACAGAGGGCUCAGUCAGCAAGAGGGUCCUUCAAGUUCUGCACAUAUUCCAGCUGGGCGUCUACAUCAGGUACGCAGGCGUGCUGGAGGUCGCUGUGUGCAGUUUCUCCUCAAGAAAGGAGCGCGAAUCGGAGAACGUGGCCGUGUACCUGUCCCACGACCUGUCCAUGCUGCGGCUCUUUAAGGCCUUCUCGGAGAGCGCCCCGCAGCUCGUGCUGAUGCUCACGGUCAUGCUGCAGACCGGGGACUGGCAGGACCCCGUGACAGUGCUGAAGGCCGUGGGCUCAGCCUCGGCCAUCGCCUGCAGCGUGACCCUGUACCACCGCUCCCUGCGUUCCUUCCUCACGGACAAGGUCAAGCAGGGCCCCGUCUCCUCCCUGCUCUACUUCAUCUGCAACCUGCUGCUCAUCUUCCCGCGUCUGGCCGCCCUGGCCCUGUUCGCCUACGCCCAGCCCUGCUACAUCUUCGCCCACUUCCUGUGCUGCUGGGCCGUGCUCUUCUUCCUCGCCUGGCGCUGCGGCACCGAGUUCAUGGACAGCUCCGCCGGCGAGUGGCUGUACCGCGCCACGGUGGGCCUCAUCUGGUACUUCAGCUGGUUCAACGUCAGCAAGGGCCGCAGCGUGUACCGCGGCGUUCUCUACCACGCGUGGAUGCUGCUGGACCUGCUCCUGCUCUGUGGCCUGGCGUUCUGGCAGGCCCACAGAGCGCCGUGCAUCACCGGGGGGGUGCUCUCGCCGGACACGGUGGCGGCGAUGGGCGUCGUCGUCGUAGUGGUGUACGUGUCGGGCCUCCUGGUCAAAGUGCUGUACUACCAGCGCUUUCAUCCCAAGCUGGGUGAUGACACGAAAAAGCCCCUUCAGUUAGCUGCUGCUGCCGGAGACUUUACCGACGGGGGGGAGGAGGAUCGCGGCUUGGGUGACUACACCGAAGUGGAUUCCAUGGAGCCUCCUCCGGUGGAGAUGUUAACCGGGGGGGGGGAGGAGGUUGGGAGGGUGAAGAGACCAGUGAACAGAAGGAUGCAACACUUGGCUCAGAACUUCUACUCAUAGUCACUCCAGGGAGCGCUUGACAGACCGACUCAGAUGGACCUUUAAAAUAACCAUUUUUCACAAGGGCAAAUUUAUUUAUAUGUGUGCUACCAAUGCGUUUAUAUUGUGCUUUAUAUCUGUACAGCAAUUCAGUGACCUUAUCUCUGCCUUGGGGGGGGGUUCAUUCCAAAGUUCAACUUAAGCCCAAGAAGGAGCUUUGCAGUUUGGUUUUUUUCGUUGCUGACGCCAUCCAUAUCAGGUCAUCGUCCAACCCAUCUUUCCCUGGUCAAGGAUCAGUUCUGCACUUCAUUCAUAAGAAUUUAUGUUUAGCCAGGGCGUGGAACUGCGUUCGUCCCUUCACCAAUUUAUAUCUGAUCUCCUUCCCCAUUCAGAGUACAGCACAUGCACAGUUUUGUACACACCUUUUGUACUUGUAAUAUCGCUUCUUCUUUGACAGUAUUUGCUCAGCCUUGGAAAGAUGAAGGCUCAACAUGUGUGUGCGCGCGCGCACACACACACACACACACACACACACACACACACACACACACACACACACACACACACACACACACACACACACACACACACACACACACACACACACACACACACACACACACACACACACACACACACACACACACACACACACACACACACACACACACACCUUGUUCCAAUUGUGAGUACCGGUACCUUUCUCUAUUAAUUUAAAAAUGGCCAUGUACAGUACAUAAUAAAAAGAACAAUGAAGAAACCGUUAAA